CACUUGAUCUCCCACCGUGGUUAAACAUAACCCAGCCAAAUACUGACACGCACUUGGAGAGAUUGCCUUUUUAAUUGAGAUCUGGUUCAUUCUACAGAACUCAAAUUCCUGUUCAUCUCCAUCCAUUUUGUCCGUAUUAAUUUCUCAAAUCAAUUCAUAUUCGACAGCGUCCAACUGUUACGAUAAUCUUCUUCAGGUAUAAAAUACAAAAAAAGAGAGAAAGCGGCAUAAAGAAGAAAUCAAGAUUCAUUCUGCAGGUAUUAAAGAUGCUGAGGCGACGACAACCCCCUCUGCUCACGCUCAGGCCAUCUCCAUUGCUGCCGCCUCCGCUCCUCCUCGCUCCUCCUCCACAAUCUCAACAGCCGCCAGAUUUACAGUCAGGGAAAAGAAGCGGCGGCGCUUUCCUCUACUGCAAGCGCUUCCUUCAACAUUACCGCAUAAUGAAGGUCAAAUUUAGGGAUUGUUAUGAGGAGUGGGCGGAGAAUCAGAUUCUGCACGCGCAGACUCUGCAACGCGUGAUAAGCGCCGACGUGGACAUUAAGCAGGCAGUUGAACGAGAGCUCCAACGCUACAAAACGUACUACACAGUCAGCAUGGUCCCCUCCAAGGCUCUCCACGUCAGCAAGAUUAUGAUGCCAGCGUGGAAGCCGCCGCUGGAGAAUGCAGUGAUGUGGUUGGGAGAGUGGCGUCCCUCCGCUCUGUUGAGCUUUGUGUUGCUCUGCCACGACACCCACGCCAUUUCUCUGCCACCCCACCACGUGGGGUUUGUGAAGGAGCUUGUGCGCAUCAGUCACAUAAACGAGAGGAUUCUCGAUGAUGAGCUGGCAGACUGCCAGGUCAUGUCGGGCUCUUUUCCUGCGCUUUUCGUGGGCCCCGCCAGGGAGGAGUUCGUGGCGUGUGUGGGGAAAAAUCUGGAGCGCAUGAAGAGCGUGGUGGCGAAGGCGCAGCGGGUCCGCUUUGAAGCGGUGGAAGCGCUGGUGGAGCGCCUGCUGACGUGGAAAAACGCUGCACUUUUCUUUGUACUCUUGGCCCGAUUUCAGCAUCGCUUUCACGGCGCCGCCAUCUCGCGAAUGAGCAAUCUCGGAGACGUUUGAGCUUGGAGCUGCAGAAGGAAGAAAUGAUAAUAAGCUAGGGGCAUGAAAUUUCAUUCCAAUUUUCCCUGAAAUUCUGUCAGCUGUAACACACUUUUUUGAACUUGUGGAUUUUGUCAUUGUUGGAAGUGCUCGGCGUGCUUUUCACGUAUGGAGUGUUUUCGACUAAAAAGGGAUAUAUUUUGUAGUUUCCUGAAAAUUAAUUGUAGACUGUAAGAAACUUUUUUUUUC